CCAAAGUGAUGAAAUAAAGGUGGUUAGUUGAGACAUGCCAUGCAGCUGAGGGGCUUCAUUCAAACAGCUAGCUAUAUCUAAUUAAGCAAUAAGUCAGUGAAGCAGGAAGGUUCCUAUGGAAUGGACAUAAGAAAGUGGAAAAUAUUAAAACAAUUAUUUUAGUGAAAUGGAUUUCCAUAACUCAUUAGUAUUUUUACUUAUUUUAUCUAGUCAUCUUAUUUUCAUUAAUGCCCGACAAUUUCGUGUUACUGACCAAGUGUUCUUUGAAAUCACAAAUGAGGAUAAGGUUCUUGGUCGAGUAGUUAUAGGCCUAUUUGGUGACCUAGCUCCAAAGGCUGUCAAAAACUUCAAAGUUUUAGCCUCAAAAGGAAUAAAUGGGAAGUCUUACAAGGGCACCUCAUUUACUAGAAUAAUCAAACGAUUUAUGGUACAAGGUGGUGAUGUAGAAUCUGAUGAUGGAACAGGCUCUAUCAGCAUUUAUGGUGAAACAUUCCAUGAUGAGAAUUUGGACACACAACACAGUGGAGCAGGAUUUGUGUCAAUGGCUAAUAAAGGUCCCAAUACAAAUGGCUGCCAAUUUAUUAUAACUACCACUGGAACACCUUGGUUAGAUCAUUUGCAUACAGUGGUCGGAAAGGUGGUGGACGGCCAAAACGUGGUGCAUAUGUUGGAGCACACCCCUACUGACGUGGAUGACAAGCCGCUACCGCAUGUGUAUAUCUCAGAUUGCGGCUUGAUCCCAACCCUCGAGCCUUACUACAUUUCCGAUGACCCUUAUGAUUUAUGGGCGUGGAUCAAAGCAUCAGCGGUUCCUCUAACCAUGUCUUUCUCAAUCCUCGGCUUCUUCCAAUGGAUGAUGAGGAAGAUGGAAAUAUAGAAUUUUUGACUAUGUAUAGAUUCAGUUGUAUGUGCACUUUAUUAAGGACCUAAAGAAAGUUAAUAGGAAGGAAAAAAAAGUACAUUUUAAUAUUUGAAUGUAAUUUAUUAUUUUAUUGCGAUUUUUCAUUUAAAUAUAUAAUUUUUAUGUACAGUCAAUUCUUGUAAAAAUGUCAAUAAUUUAUACAUCUUAACAAUCUAUUUAAACAAAAUGCCACUGAUUUUAUUUAUUUAUUUGUACGAAUUUAUAUAAAGUAGGUGUAAUAAA